CCCUCUUCCAUUCCAACUUUGUUUUGUUUUUAUAAUAUUUAUUAUUUCUGGAGUUUUCUCUGUUUCUCUCAGUGUUCGGACUCGGCGAUAAUGGCGAAAACCAUUCUGAUCACCGGCGGUGCCGGAUACAUUGGCAGCCACACCGUUCUUCAACUUCUGUUGGGCGGAUUCAGGGCGGUCGUCGUUGACAACCUCGACAACUCCUCCGAAAUCGCCAUUCACCGCGUUAAAGAACUCGCUGCUGAGUUCGGCGACAACCUCGUCUUCCACAAGUUGGAUCUAAGGGACAAACAAGCGCUUGAACAACUUUUUGCCUCAACAAAUUUUGAUGCUGUCAUUCACUUUGCUGGGUUGAAGGCAGUUGGUGAAAGUGUGCAAAAACCAUUGCUUUACUAUGAUAACAACCUUAUUGGCACAAUUACUUUAUUGGAAGUCAUGGCUGCCCAUGGAUGCAAAAAGCUUGUUUUUUCAUCAUCAGCUACUGUUUAUGGUUGGCCAAAGGAGGUUCCAUGUACAGAAGAGUUCCCGCUAUGUGCUGCAAAUCCAUAUGGACGAACCAAGCUUGUUAUUGAAGAUAUAUGCCGUGAUAUUUACCGUUCAGAUUCUGAAUGGAAAAUAGUGUUGCUGAGAUACUUCAACCCAGUUGGUGCACAUCCUAGUGGCCAUAUUGGUGAGGAUCCUCGUGGAAUCCCAAACAACCUUAUGCCCUUUGUGCAGCAAGUUGCUGUUGGCAGGCGACCUGCACUUACAGUUUUUGGAAGUGACUAUUCAACAAAGGAUGGUACCGGGGUACGUGAUUACAUCCAUGUUGUUGAUUUGGCAGAUGGGCACAUUGCAGCUUUGCGCAAGCUAUUCAACUCAGAAAUAGGCUGUGAAGUGUACAACUUGGGAACAGGAAAAGGAACAUCGGUUUUGGAGAUGGUUGCAGCAUUUGAGAAGGCAUCUGGAAAGAAAAUUCCUCUAGUCAUGGCUGGACGGAGAGCUGGUGAUGCUGAGAUUGUUUAUGCAUCAACAGCCAAAGCAGAAAAAGAGUUAAACUGGAAGACCAAGUAUGGCAUCAGCGAGAUGUGUCGGGACCAAUGGAAUUGGGCCAGCAAGAACCCCUAUGGCUACGAAUCGUCCCCAACACAAGACUAAAGGCUGGACACCUCUAAUCCACCUCUAAUCCAUGUAUUUUUAUUCAUGCUUAGAUUAGGGCUCUGCAACCAUGUCAAACAACUUAUAAUGUGAUGAUAUACUUCUGGAUAUAGAAGCCCGGUAAUGCUGCGCUGAGUUCUCCAAUUCAAGUGGCAUUUAAGGGCUGGUCUCCUGUAAAGCCUGUUACCCACCCAUUUACUUUUAUGACAACUUCUUUUCAAGUGCA